AUGGUCUCCGCCGGGGCGCAAAUAUUCUUCGCCGCCGUGCGAGCGGUCGCCGAGGUGUUCGUCGUCGGCGCGAUCGGCGUGCACACCGCUCGAAGAGGAUUGAUGGAUAAAAGGUUGCAGAGAGCGCUGGCGAGGUUUAACGGUAGUUUCUUCCUCCCGGCGCUGCUCUGGACGAGCCUGUCGCGGUCGGUGACGAUUGAGCGCUUACGAGAGAUGUGGUUGCUGCCGUUGGCGUCGAUGGUGCACGUGAUAAUCGGGUUGGGGUUGGGAUUGUUGGUGGUGAGAGGGUGCGGCGUCAAGGCGGGCUUCAGAACGGUGGCGACGAUGAGCGCGGCGUUCGGUAAUUCGUUAGCGCUUCCGGUGGUGGUGACGCGGGCGAUCACGAAGAAUCCUAGAAUUGGAAAUUUGACGUUCACGGCGGAGGACGGUGAUCGGUGCGUGCUGUAUUUGAGCGCGUACGUGGUGAUGCUGAGCGCGUCGAUGUGGUCACUCGGGCCGUGGCUAUUUCGACGACGAAUCGCAGCGAAAGUGAGUCGAGACGGGUACCAGAGCGAGAGUGAGGGUGGACCCGAAGCGUCGGUUGCGGAGCGCGGCGGAGAUCUGGAGUCUAUCGCGCGAACGCGAAGUUUCGCACAACGCACGCUGGAUUUCGCUAAAGUCUUCUUCAAUCCCAACGUGGCGUCGUGCGUCGUCGGAGUGUUGACCGGAAUCUGUACCCCCGUGCGGGAUAUUUUGUUCAAGCCUGGACGGGCGCUGAGCUGGAUCGGCGGCGCGGCGCAACUCCUCGCUGACGCGGCGAUACCGACCGUUUUGCUCGUCAUCGGUGCGUCCCUGGCUCGAGGUCCGGAUUACUCCUUGGCGGACAGGAAGACCGCUCUUGCCGUCGUCGGCGUGCGCUUCGUCAUCAUCCCUCUGCUGAGCAUCGGCGUAUACUUUGCGCUGAAAGACGCGAACGGGAUCUCACCUUCGACAUCCGACGGAUCGACCGAUAAGAUUUUCUGGUUGUGUUUCCUAGCCGUGAGCACGACGCCGACCGCAAAUAACCUCAUGCUUCAAGCGCAAAUGUAUCAUCCCGACGACGACGCAGCCGCCGGUGUGGGUACGCUGUUGUUUUGGCAGUACUUGGUGUGUCCGGUCAUCCUCACGGCGUAUUACUCGUGGUACCUCACCCUCAUCGACAGAUAG